GGCCGGGUGAAUGGGAUUGAAGAAGAGUUCAGCUUCUCGGCUUGUUUUUGUGUCACAGUUUGUCUCCUCCUGCGCCUCGCCGGCUUCGUGCCUCCCUCCCCGCCCGCACCCUCCUCCCCGCCGCAGGACGAGCCCCCCGCGGACAGGGGGAAGGAAAAGGACCCCACAGAGGCGAGAGCGAGCGAAGAGGAGGAGGAGGAGGAGAAGGGAGCAACCUACCAUCUUCCACUCCCCGCUUAGCUUAAAGAAAGUGAGAGGAGGAGAGAGGCGCCCAGAAGAGGGGGACAGGGAGGCCCGGAGGAGCGGCGGCGCCGGCACCCUCCCCCUAUGAAGAAGAGUCCUCCCCCUCCCACAGAGGUCCUGCCAGGGGGACCCGGGCCGGCCCGCACCAGCACCGCCGCCGCCAGCAGGGAGGAGGUAGAGAGCUGAAGGGAAAAACUUCCUCCAAACCGCACUGGUGUUAAAGAGGAAACCAGAAACUAAAGGCACUGGAAUCAGCAAAGACACUUUUAGAGAAAGUGGAGAAGGUAGAGAAUGGAGCUGCAGACUCUACAGGAGGCUCUGAAAGUGGAAAUUCAGGUUCACCAGAAAUUGGUUGCCCAAAUGAAGCAAGAUCCGCAGAUAUUUUUUCUUUCUAAUCAGAACGCUGAUUUGAAGAAACAGCUUCAUGAACUUCAAGCCAAAAUCACAGCUCUGAGUGAGAAACAGAAAAGAGUGGUGGAACAGCUUCGAAAGAAUUUGAUAGUGAAGCAGGAACAGCCAGACAGUAAGUUUCAAAUUCAGCCAUUGGCACAGUCAGAAAACAAACUACAGACACCGCAGCCGCAACCACUACAACAGCUCCAGCAGCAUCACCAUCAACAGCAGCAGCAGUCUACUGCACCCUCUCCAAACGUGAUUGGAUCACAGAAAACUGUAACUACAGCUUCUAUGAUCACCACUAAGACACUACCUCUCGUCUUGAAAGCAGCAACUGCGACCAUGCCUGCCUCUGUUGUGGGUCAGAGACCUACCAUUGCCAUGGUUACUGCUAUCAACAACAAUCAGAAAGCAGUCCUCAGCACUGAUGCGCAGAAUGCACCAGUCAACCUCCAGACAACAAAUAAGGUCACUGGGCCAGGAGCUGAGGCAGUCCAAAUAGUGGCAAAAAACACAGUAACUUUGCAGGUUCAGGCUACGCCUCAGCCCAUAAAAGUGCCGCAGUUCAUCCCUCCUCCCAGACUUACUCCUCGUCCAAAUUUUCUUCCACAGGUUCGACCUAAACCAGUUGCCCAGAAUAACAUUCCUAUUGCCCCAGCACCUCCUCCAAUGCUUGCAGCUCCCCAGCUUAUUCAGAGGCCUGUGAUGUUAACAACAAAGUUCACACCCACCUCUUUACCCAACUCUCAGAACUCCAUACAUCCCGUUCGUGUAGUUAACGGGCAGACAGCAACCAUAGCCAAAACUUUCCCUAUGGCACAGCUCACCAGCAUCGUGAUAGCAGCACCGGGUACCAGGCUCGCUGGACCUCAGACUGUACAGAUCAGCAAACCAAACGUUGAAAAACAGACUAUUAAACCACAUGUGGAAGCAGAAGAGAAGCAAACAGAAAGUCGUACAGUUACUCCACCUGCUGCACCGAAGCCAAAACGAGAAGAAAAUCCACAGAAACUUGCCUUCAUGGUGUCUCUGGGACUAGUUACUCAUGACCAUCUGGAAGAAAUCCAAAGUAAGCGACAAGAGAGGAAAAGAAGAACAACAGCAAAUCCAGUGUACAGUGGAGCAGUUUUUGAGCCUGAGCGCAAGAAGAGUGCAGUCACGUACCUGAACAGCACAAUGCAUCCUGGGACACGUAAAAGAGGUCGUCCACCCAAAUACAACACGGUGCUGGGGUUCGGGGCUUUGACCCCCACGUCCCCUCUGUCCAGUUAUCCUGACUCCCCCGAAAAUGAAAAGACAGAGACCACAUUUACCUUUCCCGCAGCUGUUCAGCCUGUGUCCCUGCCUAGCCCCAGCUCCACAGACGGCGAUAUCCAUGAGGAUUUCUGCAGUGUUUGCAGAAAAAGCGGGCAGUUGCUGAUGUGUGAUACAUGUUCACGUGUUUAUCACCUGGACUGUCUGGACCCACCUCUGAAAACCAUUCCCAAGGGCAUGUGGAUCUGUCCCAAAUGUCAAGACCAGAUGCUAAAGAAGGAAGAAGCAAUCCCAUGGCCAGGAACUUUAGCAAUUGUUCAUUCAUAUAUUGCAUAUAAAGCAGCAAAAGAAGAGGAAAAACAGAAACUACUUAAAUGGAGUUCAGAUUUAAAACAGGAAAGAGAACAACUAGAGCAGAAGGUCAAACAGCUCAGCAAUUCUAUAACGAAAUGCAUGGAAAUGAAGAAUACCAUCCUUGCAAAACAAAAGGAGAUGCACAGCUCCUUGGAGAAGGUAAAACAGCUGAUCCGCCUCAUCCAAGGCAUCGACCUUUCAAAACCCAUAAACUCUGAGGUCAAUUCAGUAGCCAUCUCCAACGGCAUGGACUCCACUAACAAUACUAAUGCUGCCACCUCCACCUUAGCCCCCUCCCCUUCCCAGAGCUGCAUGGUGAACUGUAACAAGGGCGAUGAGACUAAAUAACACAGUGAAGUUAAGAAGGAGCCAAGGGAGGUGGCGGCGAGGAGGAAGAGCAAAAUAACGAAAACUCUAGUAAAGCAAAACUGGAUUUCUUCUGGAAAGUGCAGAAUUCUUUAGUUCUUUGGUUCCAGAGAGAGCGUGAAGAUGCUUGUGCCAGGCGGCACCGGAGUUUGCCAAUUGAUCCUUCUUAUUCUGUGUGUACAUGCAAAGUUUGGAUCAUGUUACAUGAAUAGUGCCAGCUGGGGGUUCUUUGCCAGCACCAUGCCAAGUGAAAUAAUAUAUUUACUCUCUCUAUAUUUUACACCAGUGUGUGCCUGCAGCAGCCUCCACAGCCACUAUAGGUUUGUUUUAUUUUUGUUCGGGGUGAGGAGCAGGGAUGAGGGAGGAGAGCAGGUUUCAAAUCCUUAUUUGCAGAACAGUUUGUUUAGCUAGGGGAAAACAAAAACAAAUCCAAAGAGCCUGUGGGCUUUUCCUGUUUCUAAACUCUCAGUACUAUUAAACCAAAAAAAACCAGAAAUAUAAAUUAUCAAAUCCCAGUGCCCAGAAGGGACAAGUCUAUCAAAUAAGCAGUAUUUACUAUUGUUUAGACAGGAGAUAUACAAAAGGAAAGGAGAUGGACUUUUCACUUAGUAACCAGCACAUGUACAGGCUGAGGAUCUACUGUCCCAACAGCUUUGGGUUAAUCCUAUUUCAUCACAUUAAACAACAAGACACGCUUUGCAGAAUUGGUUUGGGUCCUCACACUCAUCCAGAAAGCCUAUGUUGGGAAUGGGAAGACAAGAGGGCCAGAAUCCAGGGUCAGCUUGGAGCAUUGGACGGAGGUGUCCCAAGAGAAAAUGUGCAUCGAUUACUUGAAAAUGAGAUUCCAACCCUUUUCUAUAUUUAUAAACAACAAAGGUAUCCUGAACAAAGUAGCACAUGACCCAGAUGUGUGAACUGAACAGAGAAAUGUCCUUUUCUUUCACUUCCUUUCUCUUCUUUUGGUAACAAGAACUAAAUAAGGAAUAGAAAAGCUGUUUUUCAGGCUGACAGUCUAAUUAAAGAGGUAGAUGGGACCUUGCAUGGUAUAGAUUAGAAGUAAUAGUGUCAGUGAGAUACAGUGAGUCUUUGUGAGUCCUUGUGUCAUCGUUUUGGGCACUGUUUUUUUAUGCAAGGGCAAAAUCUUUGUAUCUGGGGGAAAAAAAAAAACAAACAACUUUUUUAAAUUAAAAAGGAAAAUAAAAGCUAUUGAGGUCUUCCUAGUGUUACUUCAAAUAAGAUCAAGGUAAGAAACAUUGUAAAAAAAAAAAAAACCUACGAAAAGUGCUAUUUGUUUCCUAAACAAGUGAUUUCUAUUAAAAAGGUGUCAGAACUGGAGAAAAUGCUGUGUCCUUAGAAUUUUUUAACACAGACUUUGCUUCUUUAUGAUGACAUUCUGCUGUGUUUGUGUUUUAAAAUCCAAUGGGACAGUUUCCAUAGCUUAUACCAUACGUGCCACUGGCUAAACUCUAAAGAGGAUCCGAUCCUGCAGUGCUGGAUCUCACCCCACCUGGAGGAUCUGUCAGGCUUGUCUCUGCUGUUGCCAUAUCUCCCCCAUUCUUUCCUGUGUUUGUAACCCAGAGAAAAGCAUUUGGUAGUGUGCUCGGGUAAGGCUUUUAUAGUUCUGUGAUACGGACUGAUCAGAGCUUGAGAAUGAAAGACAGCAAGUUGGUUGGACUGAAAUCACCUUCUGUCACAUCCUGUUGUUUAAGUUCAUCUCUUACGUAUAAUCUUUUCACUCUGGAUAGCAAGAGCUUGCCUUGUGCUCCCUGUUAUUGUGGGCUCUGUCUCAGUUUAGAGUGCAGGUUCUGGUCGCUUAGGGUUGUGUCCCAGAGCUGCCUCGUUUCACUACAGCAUUUAAACACUUGGGCAAACCCUGUUUCCACUGGAAGGACUGGGAAAACUCCCUUGACUUCCAGUAGGAGCAGAGUUGAGCCACUACAGACACAACGUGAGUCCCUGGUGUAGUGCCCUUGAGAGCAUGCGCUGGGUGGCGAGGCAGGGCUGUUCCUAGUGGAAGAUAGAAGAGCUUUGGAUUUCAAGGAUGCAUUUCUGAGCAAGAAGGAGUGAAUACUCCAGGCACUACAGAGCCUGAGAGAGUCUCUUUACUGCCACAGCCAAGUAUGCUUCUGUGGGAUCCUUGGAGCCGUUUUCUUCACUCUCCUUUAGGAUGCCCUUCUGCUCCUUAAGGACUGUUAUUCCUCCUGUAGGAGUGUGUGCUAUUUUCAGCUCUGAGCUCAGAACUGAUAUCCCGAGUUCUCACAUUUGUCUGUAGUUGGGAAAGUGACUCUUACGAGCACUUCUCAGCUGAGCUUGUGAUAACCUUGACUCUGUCUUUUGAUGUUUGAGUUCUGUUCUGGAGCUGGCAGAGCUGGAAGGCAAAGUUAGCUUGAGUGGCAGGGAGACAGGCAGACGAUGUCAAAA